AUGAUUCUUCCCGUCAACGAAGACGCAGUUUUCAGGCAAGUAGAUUUACCGUCAGGAGAUGAUGAAUUUUUCGAGUACUGCCGACCAGUCGGCCUUUUCGCUUUGGGCCUUGUUCCAACGAUGGCGUCGAAUUUUGCUGCACCCUCAAUGGCUUCCGGAGCUUCCGGACUUCGUCUGAAGCUGGUAGAGUCGUUAAAAAAUAGGAUCGUCGGAGGCGAGACCGCAACCGACGGACGGUACAAAUACGCGCAGAUUACUCUGCAAUUGCCAAGUGAUAACCACCAGUGCGGAGGAUCCUUAAUUGCUCCAGAUAUUGUGCUGACAGCAGCGCACUGCGAUGGCUAUUCUACCGUUCACGUUGAUCGACACAAUUUUAAGGAUGUGGACGACAGGUACCAAGUGUUCGAACCUAUGGAAACUCUUCAGCAUCCUAAUUUCGACGAAGACAUGUUUCGCUAUGACUUCGCUGUGGUCAAACUGAACAUCUCUGUCAACGGCAUAGAUCCAGUUCAAUUAAACCCAGUCAGCGACUUCCCUGCGGACGGCCAAGCUUUGACGAUAGUGGGCUGGGGGGCGGUCCGCGUAAACGGCAAUGGCUUUUUGUUCCCGGAUACAUUUCAAGAAGCCAAUGUCAAAGCAAUAUCAAACGAUGCUUGUAGCCAAACGGUCGUACAGAACAAGACUCUGUACAAGGACGAAAUAUUCCCAGAAAUGUUUUGCGCAACGGCCCCGGGCGUUGAUGCUUGUGGGGGCGAUUCUGGCUUUCCAAUCAUUUCCAGAGGUGCUACUGCCGCAGCAGAUGUGCAAAUUGGAAUUGUGAGUUGGGGGAGGGGUUGUGCGGUGUAUCCUGGAGUUUACAGUCGGAUUAGUUAUGUCUAUGAUUGGAUUAGAGAAAGCGUCUGCAUCAUGUCGACUGCACCUCCGGAUGUUUUCGAAUGUGUACAAAAAGUGGCCGAUGAAGGUGUCGCUUCUCCGAAGAGACCGGAGUCUACCCCUGAAUUAGGAAAUACCACCAACGGGACCAGCACCCCUGCGUCUGGUGUUACAAAAGAGACCGGCGAUGAGACUGUACGGGGUGAUUCAUCUCGACCUAGUGAUAAUCAAGACGGUACCAGAUCUUUUGCUUGCAUGCCGGUGUGUGAUAUUGCUUGUUGCGUACUCUUGUCGUUUAUGGGAAUGGUGAUGACGGCGAUUGCCUAA